AUGGAUAAGGACGUCUUCAAACUAUAUUGUGGUGUUCUAAAAGAAAAAAAUCUAUUGAAGAACUCUUGCUAUCUUUCUGUUGAGGAGCAAGUUCCUAUGUUCUUAUAUGUCAUUGGACAUAAUGAACAACAUCGUGUAGUUGCUGAACGAUUUCAAUACUCCACAUCAACUACAUCUGAAUACUUUAGGAAAGUAUUAAAGGCGAAUUGUGUAGGAGCUAUAGAUGGGACCCAUAUCUCAGCUCAUGUCCCCAUUGAUGAACAAAUACCAUAUCGAGGUCGGAAGGUGGAUACAACUCAAAACAUCAUGUGUAUAUGUUCAUUUAACAUGAAGUUCACAUAUGUUGUUGCUGGAUGGGAAGGAUCAGCUAAUGUUGCACGAAUUCUUUCAGAAUGUGCCACAAACCCAGAUUAUGAAUUCCCAGCUCCACCCCAUGGAAAAUAUUAUCUGGUUGAUUCUGGAUAUACAAACAUGCCUGGUUUUCUUUCCCCAUAUCGAGGAGAAAGAUAUCAUUUGAAUCAAUAUACAGAUCGUAAUCCUUCAGGAAAAAGGGAGUUGUUCAAUUAUCGAUAUUCGUCUUUGAGAAAUGUCAUCGAGCGGUGCUUUGGCGUAUUAAAGGCUCGUUUUCCUAUUUUAAAACAAAUGCCUUCAUAUGAUCUGAAAAUACAGAAGUACAUUGUGAUUGCCUGUUGUGAAAUUCACAAUUUUAUAAGGACAAAUGCAAAAAAAGACAUAUAUUUUGAUGGAGAUGAAGACAUUCCUGAAGUAUAA